AUGAAGAGUCGUUUGAGUCAAUUCUUAUCAUUGAAAACCACUAGAUUCUUUAGAUUUUCAUUUCAACGAUACCUGUACGUUCCUAAACGUUGCAUAUCUAUAUCCCCUUACGUUAUGUCUGAUUUCAUCACCAAAUUUGAAAAAUUGACCUUGGAUCAAAUUCCAUCAAAAUUGGAAACCAUUGAAUUUCCAAAAUUAAAUAAUGAGCAAUUAGCUUUAUCUUCUCAAUUUGAAACUUUGUCAAAAAGACUAGAUGAAAGUGAUACAUUGGCACAAAUUAAUGAUUCAUUAAGAAGCAAAACUUUUGUCGUUGGAUCAAUUCCAAGUAAAGCAGAUUUGAUCUUGUUUGAACAAGUGUUCCCAUUGGCAUCAAAAUGGACUUCCAAGGAAGAUAUUACCAAACAUAGACAUUUGUUGAGGUGGGCUGAUUUGGUUCAAAACACAUUGGUGAAUGUUCCAGAACCAGUCAAGAUUGAUUACGAUAUUGAAAUACCAAGAGAAAUCAAAGAGAAGAAGAAACCAGCAGCAGCAGCUAAUGUUCAAGGUAAAGAUGCCGCUUCUGCCAAGGGAGAUGCUAAAGCAGAUAAAAAGAAACCAAAAGGUGAAGCAGUUGCUGGAGGAGCUCCAUCUGAUCAAAAACCAUAUCAAGAAUUAACCGAGGAGGAGAAACAGGCUAGAGCAGCAGCUAAAGAAGCCAAGAAGGCAGCUAAAGCCAAAGCCAACGCUGAAAAAGAGAAACAAAAACAGAAUGAAAAAGCCGCAUCUGCUGCUCCUCCAUCACCAGCAAUGGUUGAUCUUAGAGUUGGAUUCAUUCAAAAAGCAGAAAGACAUCCAAACGCCGACUCUCUUUACAUGUCAACUAUUGAUAUGGGGGAUGAAGAAGGUCCAAGAAUCGUAUGUUCAGGAUUGGUCAACUAUGUUCCAAUUGAAGAAAUGCAAAAGAGAUAUGUGAUUGUUGUUGCCAAUUUGAAACCAGUCACAAUGAGAGGUGUCAAGAGUUGUGCUAUGGUUUUAUGUGCUUCAAAUAAAGACGAUGGUGUGGUUGAAUUUGUUAACCCACCAGAAGGUUCUAAACCAGGUGACAAAAUCUUUUUCGAAGGUUAUAACGGUGUUCCUGAAAAACAGUUGAACCCAAAGAAGAAAAUUUGGGAAGCUGUUCAACCUAAAUUUACCACUACUGAAAACUUUGAAGUUACCUAUACUGAAGAAGGUAAACCACCUGCAUUUUUGGUGAAUGAAAAGGGAGAGAAAUGUAAAAACAGUACUGUUGUUGGCGCAAAUGUCAGUUAG